UUAGCUAGCAAGCUGUCAAGCUGUCUAGUGGAGAGGCUGAGACAGACGUUUCAGCUUCCCCCCUGGCUUGGCCACGCAAAGCUCCGGCCCACAAAUUCCCUGAAAAAUCUGUCAGAAUAUACUUUAUAUCGCCAGCUGAGAUAAUGUAAUGCAUCACGGGCAUACGCAAAGAGGGACCUCCGCACUUACACCAUUUAUAUGCACUGAAUCCCGAGUGACGACUGCUCUCAUUGCUAGCUAACUGGCUAGCUAGCCUAGCUAACCUCCGCAAACCCCCCAGUUUCGUCGGUGUACACUCUCAGGUGUGAAGGGAGGCCAUUCAGUCCUCGUCACGGUUGCAGUUUCCGUUGCUGUCAGCUUGUAUUUCGGAUAUUUGUUCUUAAGAAGUACACAAUGGGUGCAUUUCUGGACAAACCAAAGAUGGAAAAAUACAAUUCCCGUGGUGAAGGCAACAACGUGAGAUAUGGGCUGAGUAGCAUGCAGGGUUGGCGGGUAGAGAUGGAAGAUGCACACACAGCAGUAAUUGGUCUGCCUCAUGGUCUCGACCCCUGGUCAUUCUUUGCUGUUUAUGAUGGGCACGCUGGCUCACAGGUGGCCAAGUACUGCUGUGAGCACCUGCUCGAGCACAUCACCAGCAACCCAGACUUCCAGAGUGCUCUACAGGAAGACCCCUCUGUCGACAGCAUCAAGACUGGGAUCCGCACGGGCUUUCUGCAGAUUGAUGAGCACAUGCGAAGCAUGUCUGAGAAAAAGCAUGGCGUGGACCGCAGUGGUUCCACUGCAGUGGGAGUGAUGAUUGCUCCAAACCAUACCUACUUUAUCAACUGUGGCGACUCACGGGGACUCCUCAGCCGGGGUGGAGCGGUGCACUUCUUCACACAGGAUCACAAACCCAGCAACCCUUUGGAGAAGGAAAGGAUCCAGAAUGCCGGUGGAUCAGUCAUGAUCCAGCGAGUAAAUGGGUCUCUAGCUGUGUCUCGGGCUUUGGGAGACUUCGACUACAAGUGCGUGCAUGGAAAAGGCCCGACGGAGCAGCUUGUUUCUCCUGAGCCCGAAGUUUAUGCAAUAGAGAGAUGUGAGGGGGAAGAUGAAUUCAUUAUACUAGCUUGUGAUGGCAUCUGGGAUGUCAUGGCCAAUGAGGAACUGUGUGACUUUGUCAGGUCAAGGCUAGAGGUGACUGAUGAUCUUGAAAGAGUCAGCAAUGAAAUUGUUGACACCUGCUUGUACAAGGGAAGCAGGGACAAUAUGAGUGUUGUGUUGAUCUGCCUUCCUGGGGCACCAAAGGUUUCUCCAGAAGCAGUGAAACGGGAGGCUGAGCUGGAUAAAUACCUGGAGGGCAGAGUAGAAGAGAUCAUCAAAAAGCAGGGGGAUGAAGGUGUCCCGGAUUUGGUCCAUGUUAUGCGCACGUUAGCAUCUGAGAGCGUCCCUAACCUCCCUCCUGGAGGGGAGCUGGCAAGCAAACGAAGUGUUAUUGAAGCAGUGUACAACAAACUCAACCCCUACCGAAGUGAUGACACAGACUCUGCGUCCACAGACGACAUGUGGUAACACAACCUCCCACCACUAACACAGCAUAGAGUUUACAACCACCAUCCUCUCCAGACCCACAGCAGCUCAGCAGUCUGUCUCCGUCACUCGGAGCUUUUGGUUUCUAAGAAGGGAAUUUCAUGGGAGGAAGAAGAGGAGUUGCAUGCACACAAACCUGGAAUAGUGCAGCACCAGUCCACUCUGGAGUUCAGGAUCCCCACCGUCUUGUCUCCCCCCUUUAUGUUCACCCCUCCCCUUGAUACUCUCCUCUAAAGUAACCCAUAACAAGUGAGUCCCCAAGGUUUUCUUUAUUUUUGUUAGAUAAUCAGCUUAAGUAGUCAGAUUUUUUUGUUGUUGCUGUAAUUAAUUUGAUUCACAUUUCCUUGUGUGUGUUUGUAUAUUUCUGUUUUUUGUGAAGUGCAAUUGUCCUGUACAAACAGCCUGUAUUUAAUGCAGCUUGAUUUUAAGUUAAAAAAUGAAAGAAAUGAAAAAGAGAACCUUUUAUGCACUAUCUGCCUUUUCCUGCUCUUCUGGAAUUGUAUCAAAUGUCUAUUCAGUGAAUAUUACUGCUUGUCCUCCAGGCACAAUGUCUCUGCGCUUUUACAGUACUUUCCCUUUUCCCCCUUUCAGUUAGUCUAUGCUCCUUUUUAAGAAACGGGUAAAUUGUAUAGUUGACAGCACACUAAGCUCUAUAUCAAACCAUUUAAAUCCUAAUUAUUUUUCCCCUGUGCUUUUUUUAUUGUAUUUUAUUUUUGUAAGUGGUUUUCUGUAUAUGCUCAAAUAAUAAUGGCAAAGUGUUUCUCGAGUCAUUUUGGAAGUUUGAAAUGAAAUUUUUUUUUUUUGAGGCAUCUGAUAAAAAUAAGACCCCGGUUAACACAUUUGUCUGUGCAAAUAGAUACUUGCAAGCGUGCGUGGGUGCUUGUGUGUAUGUAUGUGCGCACGUGUGUCAGUGUAAAGGCAGAUCUGUGUGUGCAACUCUAAUUUAAAUCUAACUAGGGUGGAUUGGUCAGACCAGGCUGGAGUUUAAGGGAAUCUCCUCCCAGUGCUUUCCCUCCGUCUGCCCUUUCUCAGCCAGUGUUCCACUUCCACCCAGCAGAGGCUUUCACUACUUCCUAUUCCAAAACGUUUGGGAUAACAGAGUUUACAUGCUGUAACGCUAUCUGAACAACAUCAAGCUAUAUAUCAGAACUAUACAGUAACCUGAGAUGACACAAGUAGUUCAAUUUACCCAACGUGUAUAAUGCAUUGCAGUUAGUCAAGUCUAGACUAGUUUACACAUCUAUUGUGUCAUAUUGAAAUAUCAGUUUCUUAACAUACAUUGUUACCAGUACCCACUGUGGGUGCCAUAUGAUUUAUAUCACUUUUUUCAGCUUUAUGACAGCCUAUGCCAAGUUUCUUUUUCAUGAGAUUCAGAUUUUGCAUGUGGUACAGAUACAUUUUUAACUUCUACCUUUUAACAACUGAUCAUUUUACAGGAUUACCAGUCAGAUAAUAGGACAAACAACAAGGCUACUUUUAUUCUUCACAGGGGUUUUAGUCAGACAUAUAAACCAAGAACAAAUCUGCCUACUGCGAUGAGUUCUCAUGGUUGUACAGCACCUUUUUAUUCCUACAGAGUGCUCUGCCCAACCCCCCCCCCCCCCCAGCACCACAAGCCAGAGCACAACAGUUUGCUGCUACAGUGUGUGAUCUGCGGGUUGAUUCGUACUCGCUAGUUGAUUUACCCCUCUGAAAAGAUGAAUAGUCUCUGACUAAAUCUGUUUUUAACACACAGUAGAUAUAUUUCUUGAAGAGAAAUGGUUUUAUUUCGGAUUUAUUUUCUGCCAUUUUUGUCUAAAAUUGCAUUGUUGGAAAUUAAUGUAUGUAUAUAUUUUUGACUUAAACUUUCAAGGAAUAAAUCAUGUCGCUUGAGUUAGUUUUUUGCCAUGGACAAAAUGUGAUUCUGGUUUGUUUUGGGAUGGACUAACGGUUCCCUCUAGUCACUCUGGUGUCCCUCUGAUCAACACUGAGGGUUUUAACGUUUAUAAAAUACACAAUAAUAAUGUACUAAAUGUGCAACUCCUCGAUUAUUAAAAAGACAAUCCUAACACUUUCACCGCAUUUAGGUUUGUGGUGGUAGCUCGUUUUCAAAUCUUUAAUAUGCUUUUGUGGCAAAACGGCCAAAGACACUCAAUUAUUUUUUAAUAAAGCUAUUUACAUUUUUUUAAUUAUCUAUAUCACAAGUAACAAUAUAAAGUAGAUCCCUUUUAAAGAAUAGGUUUAAGGGUACUCUGUGGAUGCAUUUUGGUAAGAAGUGUUGAAUGUAAACCUAAGUGUGUUUACACUGACCUCCACAGGGUUUCUUUUAAACAGCCGUAAACAAAUCAAUAUGAACCUAGUCAUUGAGCAGAUUGCUUUCUAUUUAUUUGCAUGGAAAUGUGGUUUCCUCAAUACGGCCUCCCCUUCAAAAUAAACUCAAAUGCAAUAAAAAACAGAGCAGUAAAAACAUUGUUCAAUUAUAUACAAAUUGCAGUAUUGAUUAUCUACAAUACUCACAAAACCUAUUGUGCUCUUGUAAAAUAUAAACUUCAAGCCAGUUGAUUCAGUAGGUUUGAGAGAAGACUAAAUGUAAUCAAAAUGCCUUUUUGUGUUUAGAUGAGUUUUAUUUUGCGAUGCAUUGCUUGUAUUUGUAUUAAGUGAGUGCACUAAUCGUCUCUUGUCAAACACUUAUCAGCACCCAUUGUUGAUGACGACUCUUGAAGCAACAUUUCAUGCCGUUGUUCUUCACGCUUAAUGAGGAACAAACUAUAUUUAUAUUCAUCUCGAGGCCAUCGAUACCCCCCCACGCCCCUGGAUAGUCCCGCGUUGCCCUAGAGAUUUUAAAUUCAGGCUGUGGCCGCUAAACGAUGCUGGUUAAUUAUCCAUUUCUAUAACGGCCCACAGAAUGAAAAAUGUAGAAAUAAGCUUUUCAAGAUUGCUGUAGCUGAAGUGUUAGUCGAUACUGAGAGUUGCUUGGGUGUGAUUUAUUACAUAUGUGCAUUUUGUUGAAAUCAUGUAAAAUAUCACAUCCCUAUUUGUCCCACAUCCCCAGUCCCCCUAAAAAAAUCUUCCAAACAUUUAUUCUCCUUGUUUUAUUUUUUCUUGAACUGAAAUACCUCAUAACAUGUAUAGGAAGUGUUUGUCUUGUGUUAUGUAGAUCCAAACUGUUCAGAGAGAGGGAGAAAGCAUUUGUUUUUGUGGCCCUAAGACUUUUUGAUUUGAACACUGAUCUAUUUGAGUGGAAUAAGCCUGUGCUCGUGUACAGUAUUUGACUGAAUUGUGCUGAUGUUAACGAAGCGAUUUAAGUGGCUACUGCAAAUACAACUUACUUUAGUCACUAGUAACACUAUUGGCCUUGUCGUAUAAGCUACCCCCCCCCCCCUAAAAAACAACCUAAAAAAACAACGCCCUACACGCUCACCACCUUGUCUACUUGUGUGAAGCUCACUUAGUUUAAAAUCUAGAAUUGUAUCGAGAGUUCAGGGUUUUAGAAAUGUGGGAAGUGACAAAAUGACAAAAAUCAUAUGCACUGAUCAUGUAUAAUCAUCUUUUUUGUUUUUUUAGAAAAUUGUUAUUGUAGAAAAAAAGAUGAUAAAGCUAUUAACAGAGUUACCUUUGGUUGCCUGGAAUGCAUCCUGUAUAUUCUUGUACGGAGGACAACCUGGCAGACGUUGAAGAGAUUUGAAAUUCUUGCGCCCACUUGUACAUAUCGAUGUACCUCGCUUGUGGCGUUUACUGUGUGACCCUUAGCAGUUGAGGUUUAUUCGUCCCCUCACAGGGCGACCUGAGCCUCACUUUGCUGACCUUUUUCAGCUCGUAAAUAAGCUCACCGAUUUGCCUUACCCAAUCUCAUGUUGCCCCGCUAAAGUACUGGUUCAAUAAAACACUAUGAAGAGGAAUUCUGCUCUCCUAGAUUCAAAACCCCCAUGUUAGGGUACGUCAGCGAUCAACAAAGUGACUUUGUUCUGGUUGUCACAUGGUACAACUUUACAACCAUCGCUGGUUUGUAUGCUAUUUCCCCCCCCCAUGUUACCUUUUUCAAAUCUCGGUCUUGAAAGCUUAUUUAAUUUUUCACUGCAUAUGAUGUCAUACUUUUAACCAAUGCAAGUGUUUUGACAUGGUAACCUCGUAAGCAUUCAAAAUGUGCAUACAUACAUUCAUGUCUGCUAUAUUUAUGAUUACAUUCAAGAAUAGCUUUAGAGUGCUGUAGAUAAGUAUUGUCAAUGUUGAUUCAAAUGCUUCUCAGAGGCCUCUGUGAGUGAUUUUACAAAGUUCAAUAAUUGUAUAUUUUGUAUUAUGUUCUAGCUCCAAAGGAAUGGCAGAAAAAAAGAAAAUGUUUAAAAAAGCUUUGUUCCCUGAACUAAAUUGUACUAUUUGUGUUGUCGAUUGAACAAAUUGCAUUCCUUGCUUGUGAAUUGAUGCAUUUCUCUCCCUGCUCCUUACAUCUUCUCCCCUUCUUCCCCGCCUUUCUUUCAUUUUUUAGCCUUUGAAGUUUGAAUAAAAUUUCUAGUUUGCAGAAUGUAUUACUAAAUAAAUGGGUUGUCAUCUUGUA